GUACGUACAUACGUACUCAUGAAGUCCCAGCAGGAGAUCAAGACUGCAAACAGUUUUAAAAAAGCUUUGUGAAACAAAAUUAAACAAAAUCAUCCACAAAAAGAGGGAAUUGGAGAAGGAAGAUGAUGAUGGGUGAUCAUGUCAAGGCAUCAAGAAGCAGUCAUCAUGAUGAGGAGCCACUAAGUCCAGCAGCUCGGUUCUUUCAUACGCCACGCUUUAACGUUUACAUCAUUGCCAUCGUUGGGUGCAAGACAAGCCUCAAUACUGACGUUGUUAAGGCUGGUUUGGAGCAAACAUUGGUCAAGCAUCCUAGAUUCUCCAGCAAGAUGGUCGUUGAUUGCAACAAGUACUGCAAAAAUAAAAAAUGGGCUCAGACGAAAGUAAAUCUGGAGGAUCAUAUUAUUGUUCCCGAAUUGGAUCCCAACAUAGAUUUUCCAGACAGAUUUGUUGAAGACUACGUGUCAAAUGUCACAAGAACUCCCUUAGACCUCUCCAAACCAUUAUGGGAACUCCACCUUCUCAACAUCAAAACCUCAGAUGCAGAGGCUGUUGGGGUCUUCAGGAUUCACCACUCCAUGGGCGACGGUGCAUCCCUCAUAUCCGUUCUCCUGGCCUGUACACGGAAAACCUCUGACCCAGAAGCAUUGCCUAGUGUUCCAGUGAAAAAACGAGCAGGUUCAACGUUUAACUCGCGGGGUGGAUUUUGGUGGUACUUUUUAGCAAUUUGGCUGUUUUUAAGGUUGAUUUGGAAUACUAUGGUGGAUGUCUUUCUGUUUGUGGCGACCACUUUAUUUCUGAAAGACAUGAAAACUCCGAUCAAAGGUGCACCUGGGGUUGAGCUGAACGUAAAAAAAUUCGUGCAUCGGACAGUCAGCUUGGACGACAUAAAGCUCGUGAAGAAUGCAAUGAACAUGACCGUAAAUGAUGUUGUUGCUGGAAUAACUCAAGCUGGCCUAUCGAGAUAUCUAAAUCGUAGAUAUAGUGAGGAGAAGAGAGAUGGGCCAGUGAAGCAAAGCAAUAGCAAUAUCCCCAAAGGUAUCCGCCUUAGGGCAGUCAUUCUCGUCAAUCUCAGAAAGUCUGCAGGAAUACAGGAUGUGGCUGAUAUGAUGGCUAAGGGGUCGAAAAUUAGGUGGGGCAAUUUGAUCGGAUAUAUGUUCCUCCCAUUCACCAUUGCUUUGCAAGACGACCCAUUGGAUUAUGUUUGGAAAGCAAAGGCUACCAUUGAUAGAAAAAAGCUCUCACUUGAACCUAUAUUCACAAAUACGUGUAUUGGGUUAGUGUUCAAAAUAUUUGGAACCAAGGUUGCUGCUGCUAUAAUAUGCCGAGCACUCUCCAAUAUAACAAUGGCUAUUUCUGGAGUGGUUGGUCCGCAAGAAGAAAUUAGCUUUUAUGGCCAUCCAAUUGCUUACCUUGCUCCUACUGUUUAUGGGGACCCAACUGCAUUGGUUGUCCAUUAUCAAAGUUAUGUGAACAAGAUGACUAUUUCUUUGUCUGUUGACCCAAGUGUGAUUCCUGAUCCUCAUGAUCUCUGUAACGAUAUAGAGGAAUCACUCAAACUCAUCCAACAUGCUGUAAUCAAUAAAGGACUCAUCAAAGAUGUUGUCUAAAGAUUGAUCUUGCGAGUCUAGAAGAUCCACUCAAGUGGAAGUGAUAAAUAAAGGAUGUUAUUAUAUAGCUAAUGUAAGAACUCAAGUGGAAAGUUCUCACAUUAGCAGUGAUGCAUGUGUUAAAAAAUGUGUGUUAAAUAGAGCUUCUCUAACUAAGUGAGGCCUAAAUUAUUUAUAUGGACAGGAAUAAAUAUUAUAAAACGUGUUUGAUAUGUCUAUCUUUUUUCCUA